AGCCGCUGCCGCCGCCUCUGUCUCCGCCGCCGCGCAUUGUGCAGCAGGCGGCCCCCGCGCGGCAGGGCCCUGGACCCGCGCGCCUCCUGGGGAUGGUGAGCAAGGCGCUCCUGCGCCUCGUGUCUGCCGUCAACCGCAGGAGGAUGAAGCUGCUGCUGGGCAUCGCGCUGCUCGCCUACGUAGCCUCUGUGUGGGGCAACUUCGUUAAUAUGAGCUUUCUACUCAACAGGUCUAUCCAGGAAAAUGGCGAACUCAAAAUCGAGAGCAAGAUUGAAGAGAUCGUUGAACCACUGAGAGAGAAAAUCAGAGAUUUGGAAAAAAGCUUCACCCAGAAAUACCCACCAGUAAAAUUUUUAUCAGAAAAGGACCGUAAAAGAAUUUUGAUAACCGGAGGAGCGGGCUUCGUGGGCUCCCACCUCACCGACAAGCUCAUGAUGGACGGCCACGAGGUGACUGUGGUGGACAACUUCUUCACGGGCAGGAAGAGGAAUGUGGAACACUGGAUCGGCCAUGAGAACUUUGAGCUCAUUAACCACGACGUGGUGGAGCCGCUCUACAUUGAAGUUGACCAGAUAUACCACCUGGCCUCUCCAGCUUCCCCUCCAAACUACAUGUAUAACCCCAUCAAGACCCUGAAGACCAAUACCAUCGGGACACUAAACAUGCUAGGACUGGCCAAACGAGUCGGUGCUCGUCUGCUGCUGGCCUCCACCUCGGAGGUGUAUGGAGAUCCUGAAGUCCACCCUCAGAGUGAGGAUUACUGGGGCCACGUGAAUCCAAUAGGACCCCGAGCCUGCUACGAUGAAGGGAAGCGCGUUGCUGAGACCAUGUGCUAUGCCUACAUGAAGCAGGAAGGCGUUGAAGUGCGCGUGGCCAGGAUCUUCAACACCUUUGGGCCACGCAUGCACAUGAACGAUGGCCGGGUCGUCAGCAACUUCAUCCUGCAGGCGCUGCAGGGAGAGCCGCUUACGGUGUACGGGUCCGGGUCGCAGACGAGGGCGUUCCAGUACGUCAGCGAUCUGGUGAACGGCCUCGUGGCUCUCAUGAACAGCAACGUCAGCAGCCCGGUCAACCUGGGGAACCCGGAAGAACACACAAUCCUAGAGUUUGCUCAGUUAAUUAAAAGCCUUGUUGGUAGUGGAAGUGAGAUUCAGUUUCUCUCAGAAGCCCAGGAUGACCCACAGAAAAGAAAACCAGACAUCAGAAAAGCGAAGAUGAUGCUGGCGUGGGAGCCCGUGGUCCCGCUGGAAGAAGGUUUAAACAAAGCCAUCCACUACUUCCGUAAAGAACUCGAGUACCAGGCAAAUAAUCAAUACAUCCCCAAACCAAAGCCCGCAAGGAUAAAAAAAGGACGGACACGCCAUAACUGAAAACCUCACUUUUUGGGACGGGAGAUUCCGUUUCACACUUGAUGGGAUGUAUUUUUUUUUUUCUUUUUUCUUUUCUUUUUUUUUUUUUUUUUUAAAGAAAGACUUAAACAGGUGUCAUGAAGAACAAACUGGAAUUUCAUUCAGAAGCUUGCUUUAAAGAAAUGGAUGUGCCUAAAAACUCCCCUCAGAAAACUGCAAAUUUUGCCUUGCACUUUUUAAAACCUGUCUUUUUAUGUAAAAUAGGGUAGAUGCAUCUUUGCGUAUUUUCACGUUUUUUAUCUUGCUAUGAGAGCAUAUGUCGUGACUGUCAUUGACAGUUUUAUUUACUGGUUUCUUUGUGAAGCUGAAAAGGAACAUUAAAUGGGGUGAAAAUGCCAAUUUUAUUUAUAAAAGUGGGUACUUAUAAAUGAGACAUUAUACUAUGCAUAAAGGACAAAAACAAACAAACAAACAAAAAAUUUAGCAGGAUUGUCAGGUGGGUGACACACCGGCAUUUAUUCUUCAGGCAGAUUAAAGAAUUCUGUUUGAGAGCUUUAUGUUUCUUUUAAUUCAGAAUUUUUCCAAGGUCUAGUUUUUAGUUGCAAACUUGACUUUGAAAUACUUCCGUUGGUUAUCACAAUCAAGGAUAUUUGAAAUCACUACUGUGUUGUGCUGCGUAUUUGGGGUGGGGGUGGGGGGACAAAGUUAACGUAUUCUUGGUUAAAAGUGGUUAAAUAUGCUAUUUUAAUAAAAUAUUGGAACACA